UAGAUCGAUUUAUCAAUCGUAGAAUAUUUCCAACUCUCUGUAUUGUUCGACACGCUGAGGCCGAACACAAUAUCAAGGUUUGUUUUGCUUCUUCGUACAUACUUCACACAUAUGCUGAUCCCCAUCACAGCGCAGACUCCAUAUACCAGAUCCAAGGCCGUAGAUAGAACUUACUUAAUCCUCUCAUCACCCCAUCGCCGUGCCAUUGAAAUCACCCUUUCUGCAUUUAGCAAUACACUUGCUGGGCCUGAUGUUCCUUUUCUUCUAGUACUUGAUGCUAGGGAAGUUGACGUAAAACCUUGUGAUAUAGGGUUUUCACUGGAUAUGUUGAGGGAUGUAAAAACUCUCAAACCGUUCAAGGGUGAGGGGCUAACCUUUGGCACGAAGAAGAUAGGUUCCGAUUUUAGGGAGGAUGGAUCGAACUUGAAGAAAGACCUCUAUGUACUCAAUCAUGAAGCCAUUGCAGCAUGGGCUACUGCUCUUCGAGCAUGGCUCUAUAUGAUUGAAGCACAGCACACUGUUCUAGUGACAAUUGGAGGUUUCCUUCAUUACUUGACCGAGGACGGGACAAUAAGUGAUCCGAAAAAAGAUGUACUGGUUACAACAAUUGUGAAGUCCGAAACUUCACGUUUACAAAAGACUCGACGGCAGAAAAGGCUAAGAUUAUUGAAGUAGGAAAGAUGAAGCAUGGUAUGGAGACUGACAGCACUAUUCUGGCGGAAUUGGAUGAGGUCAAAUGA